CAUUAAUAAAGAGUUACACAAGUCAGCAGAUGCAGGGUGGUGGAGUCAACAUCAUAGAAGCGGAAGAAAUCCUGAAGGCUUUCAAAAAAGCUACCAUUAUGGAAACAACAAACAGAGAACAACAACUUUGCAAACUUUCCCCUUCUGGACGACUGUGUAAGUAAGAUCGAAGAUGUGUCUGGAAUCGGAGACGUUUCUGUACCCAUGGCACUGAAGCAAGCAAUUGCCACGCACUUAAAUGAGCUUUCAAAGUCUCUCAAUGGAUAUUUCCCUACAACAGAGUCAUAUGCAGCAUGGGUGAGACAGCAGAUGUCAAUGACGAAUACCUUGAUGAAAUAAUUGAAAUUCAACAGAGCCAGGUUCAACAGCAACUCUUCAAAACAACAACGCUCUCAACGUUUUGGUGUCGACAAAUGGAAAAGUAUCCAGUUACUGCUAAGAAAGCCCUGGAAUUUUUUAUACCAUUUGUUACAACAUAUCUUUGCGAGCAAUCCUUUUUGAGGAUGCUGGACAUAAAAACGAAGAAAAGGAACUUUGCUGUGUUAAUGACAUGAGAGUGGCACUUGACAAGGUGAAGCCACGCCUAUCUGAACUGGUCUCUCAAAGGCAACAGCAGAAGUCACACUGAUUUGCAGGUAUGUUUGUUGUAAGUUCAUGCACUGUGUUGGUUUUGUUCUCUGAACAAGGUGAUAUUCAUGCACUGUUCAUUUUGUGCACCAGUAAAUAAGCAUAUACCUAUGUCUUGAAUUUGAAAAAACAUUUUUUUUUAAAUUUUUCACGAAAAAAGGGUUCGGUGAAUGGGCAUAUGAAACUGGUGGGGUUCGGUACCGCCAACAAUGUUAAGAACCACUGCUCUAAGGACUCCAGAAAUGCAGAGUAUUCCGUAUUGGCGCAUAAGCACAAACAACAGUCAGGACCCGUCCCCCCACCUCAUGGCGAAAGGAAACUACCUUCUCGUUAAACUCCAACGUACAGGCCCUGAGCUAGGGGACAACACGAAUUGCCACCCCUGCUCGUCACCUCUCACUGCUGGCAACGCCAGAGUGGAAUAAAGACCAACCCCUCUCAAGAGGAAUGGUUCCAGAGCCCUUGUUGUGCCUUGAGGUGAGUCCGACUAUAUCUAGCCGGAACUUCUCCACCUCACGCACCAGCUCAGUUUCCUUUACCACCAGAGAGGUGACAUUCCACAUGCCAAGAGCUAGCUGCUGCAACCAAGGAUCGGACCGCCAAGGUUUGCGCCUACGGCCACCACCCAGCUCACUCUGCACCUGACCCCUUUGGCCCUCCCACAAGUGGUGAGCUCAUGGGAGGGGCGACCCAUGUUACCUCUUCGGGCUGUGUCCGGCUGGACCCCAUGGGUGCAGGCCAUGCCACUAGAUGCUCGCCAUCGUGCCCCACCUCCAGGCCUGGCUCCAGAGGGGGGCCCCGGUGGCCCGCGUCCGGGUGAGGGAAUCUUGGUCCAAAGUUGUGUCUCUUCAUUGGGGUCUGUUGAGCCACUCUUUGUCUGGUCCCUCUCCUUGGACCUGUUUGUCAUGGGUGACCCUACCAGGGACGUAAAACACCCAACAGCUUAGCUCCUAGGAUCAUUGGGACACGCAAACUCCUUCACCACAAUAAGGUGGUGGCUCAGGAAGGAGGAGUAUAUGUCAAAUUGAUAAAUUACACAAUAGCACAUCUUGGAGCCACACCCUCUUUGUCAGUGACAUGAGUGGACAAACACAGCUCAUUAGCAUUAAAGCUACAGACACACAAAAUCAGCAUAUUCCCAGGAGGGCUUACUAAAAGCACUUCUGAACUGUUUUAAAUUAUCCAGUGUCCUGUUUGUUGCAACCUUCAGACAAAAAAGGUUGACAGAUGGUUACAUAUCCUAAUAGGGUAACAGGGUCAAAAUGUGAUGAUGAAUAUAUGCAUGCAUAUCUAUUUAUGUUAAACACCACACAUUACGUCUUUUUUGGUGGAAAACAUAGUGAGGUACAAAUAUACUUCAUCAUCAGUGCGAUAUGAUUUAUAGAACAAUCAAGUAAAGGACAGAUAAUGUAAAACAUUGUUUGUCUCAGUUGAUGCUCAACACCAGAAAGGACUUCAAUGACAUAAUACAUAAUAGUGACAUAAUACACAAAAGUACAUACCCCGCUGAUACCAUGUGGGAAAGCAAUUACAAAAACACAUAAUUUUUGGUCUCUUUUGUUACUUCAACAUAAAUCAGCAGCUGUGGAUGUAGUACCCUGUCACAUAUCCUAUCAAAUAGAUAGACACCAGUACAGCCAAAGCUCCAGCUGUCUUCACUGCAAUGCCUGUGUUGCCUGUACACAUUCUGUUGUAGAGCCUAAACGCAACACAAGGGCAAGUUGUUAAUAUUUUUUUUUUUUUAACUCAGGAACUGUAACAACUAUUGUAACACACUUGACUUUGUCUCACCUCAUUGUGGUGGUCUGCGAUGCCUCCACGUUCAUGUUGAUGUUGUCCUCAUUCCAGCGAUCAUAUUGCACACUGCCUGCACUGUUGGCAUCCAUGUAGGAAGUCCUCUGGAAUCACUCUUAACUGUAACAAAAGGGAUUUAAGAACAUGAUCCUUAUUUACGAACAUGAUCAUGAUUCCCCAUGCUCACCUGUACAACCUGACAAUUUGCCUCAGCGCCUCUUAACGUCUGAGAGUGGUGAGCCCUUGUCCAUAGUUCAUAUAUUCACUGGGCUCAGUCUGCCGUAAAUCAUUUGUUUUCUUCCAGCAUAUGUAUCACUUGCAUGGUACCAAAAGUGGACUUUGGCUGCACUACGCAUGGAGGGUGAACAAAGAGCUGUUGAAUUGCUCUUCUUCUAAACAGUUUAUAACCACAGGUCUAUUAAAUAAGCCAGGUGACACAAGGCACCAUUGGAAUAGAACAGGAAGGGACAUUUAUGCUGAAUUUCAAUAAAAUUUCUAGAAACUUACCAUGGACACACUUCCCUUGGACUUAAUGGGAAUUGUUGGUUAUAUUUUUCUAAAAAAUACAAUUAUGAACUCUUUGUUUUUAGAGGACAAGCAUACAAAAACAAUAUAAAAAAAAUAUUAAUUCAAAAAUAAAUUUUAAAUAGACUACUUUGAUUAGUGAUGUAUUUUUUGCAUGUCAAACUAAUAAAAUUAAGAUUGUUUAAAUAACAGUAUAUGUAACCCCUCAGUAUCCAAUGUUCCAAUCCAAUGUUACCAAACAAUAUUUAAAAAUAUUAUCCAUCCAUCCAUCCAUUUUCUUGUGCUUAUUGCAUGGGCAGCGUCUCUGUAGGGAAGCCCAGACUCUCCGGCCACCUCUUCCAGUUCCACUUGCAGGAGAACAAAGCAUAUCGAGGCCAGCCGUGAGACACAAUCCCUCCAGCGUGUGCUAAGUCUGCCGCGUCACCUCCUCCCGGCUGGGUAUGUCCAGAACACCUCAUCAAGGAGGCAUCCAGGAGGCAUACGGGCUAGAUGCCCUAGCCACCUCAACUGGAUUCUCCCAAUGUGAAGGAGCAGUGGCUCGACUCUGAGCCCCUCCCGGAUGACCAAGCUCCUCACCGUAUAUCUUAGGGUGAAUCCAGCCACCCUGCAGAGGAAACUCGAUCGUGUUCUUUGAGUCACGAAAAUGGCUGGUACUGAAGGGGUUGUCUUUUGAAAAAUGGCUGGGAUUGAAUGAGUUAAUAAGCCCACACCAGCUCCCCUGCUUCUCCCCUGCGGCAACUCCAGAGUAGGACAAGGUCCAGCCCCUCGAGAGGAGUUUGGUUCCAGAACCCUAACUGUGGGUCAAGGUGAGUCCGACUAUUUCUAGUUGGAAUGUCUCAACCUUUUGCACAAGCUCGGGCUCCAUCCCCACCAGUGAAGUGACGUUCCAUGUCUCAAGAACCAGAUUUGGCCGCCAAAGACCAGGUUGCCCAGGAGCCCACCCUUGACUGCCACUAGAAACACAUUGCACCGGACCCUUAUUCUUGCCCCACAGGUGGUGGGUCUACGGGGGGAGAGGCUGCGUGGCUUCUAUGGGCUGGGCCUAGCCCACUCCCCUGGGCCUGGCUCCAGGGUGAAGCCCUGGGUCCCACGUCCGGGCGAGGCGCGGUCCGUCCUCUUGUCUUUUUUGCUAGAGUCUUCUGAAUCACUCUGUCUGUCCCGUCACUUAGGGCCUGUUUGCUUUGGGAGACCCAACCGGGGCAUUUAGCCCCAGACAACAUAACUCCUAGGAUCACUCAGGCACUCAAACGCCUCCACUACGAUAAGGUGGUGAUGCACGGAGUCGUUAAAAAUAUUAGUCAUCAAUAUUAUGAAUCAAUAUUAAUACAUUUAGUAUUAUUUAUUAUUAACAAUAUUAAUUAAAAAAUUAUGUAAUAAAAUAUAUUGAAUGCAUGCAAAAUGGAUUAUACACUGGGUUCCUGCACAUUCAUAUUCACCUUUCACGUCCAUGUUAAUUUGCAGAUUUUUAGUAAAAAAUGAAAAAAGACACGCAACAUUAUUGUUGAUUAGUUUUUGGCAACAAAGUGUAUGUUGUGUGCAAUAACUGCCACUAUCAGUUAUGAGUCAAGAAUGCUGACCUUUGGAACCAGCCUUAGCUUGGGCAAAGCUCACUAAAAAGCAAGCUACGCUCUAUCUGGAAUAACCACAACACAAAAUAUAAAUUCCGCUAAAAUUGUAACUAUUUUGAAUUAAGUAUAUUAUGAUGUUAAAGGAGGUGUCUCACUCUUAUUUCUUAAGGCGUUAGACAUUUAAACUUAAUGUCCUUUUCAUUUAAAAGAAGGGGGUUAUGUUUUCUUUUAUCUCGUCGCUCCUUCCAACAUCCCACUUGACAGGGUUGUGGACUCUGAACAUAAGUCUACUGUGCAGUUUGCUUCAAGGACUGAUAGGUGCAUGUGGCAUCACAGUGCUGAGCUCCCUAUUGAGAGUGCAUUUAUAUGUUGAGGAAGUAAGUUGGUUUGAUAAAGCAAAUGCACCUAGUCAAAAGGUCCCUCUGAGGAGGAAUAAACGUGGACUGGUGGGGAUGCUCCAGUUCUUCUUCAUGGUUGGUAUACUGGCUGUUGUAGGUUCUCGUGUGGCCUCCCUGGUGGUCCUCGAAUUCUGUCUUCGAGCUGUCUCUGGAUGGGUUACACAGGGACGAAAGUCACUAUCACUGCUCCAGCACCUUCUGAUCCAAAGCCAGUUUUCCCUAGGGUGUGCCCUUACCUGCAGUCUCCACUUCCUCCACAUGGGGUCGCCGCAGCGUUGGCUGUGCUUACUGCUGGCUGCUGCUCUCAGCUGCUUUUUGGCCAGGCAAGCUUCAGCCUUGCAACACCAUGUGACGGCUCUAUACAAACUGCACAGCUCGCAGCAGUACUGCGGCAUUUGCAUCAGUCUGAUGACGUGUGGCCCAGGCCUGCUGCUGCCCAUGCUGUGUAGGAUACUGUUUAUUGCCUUUGCUGUUGCUGUUAUAGCGGCCAUAUCUAUCAUCAAUCAGCACUUCCUGUCUGCAACUGAAGCACUGAAAUUUUGGACCCCUCUGACUAUCUGCUACACUCUGCUCGUGGUGUAUAUGGAGGAGGAGCAGCACAGUCUGCCGCCUAGCAAGGCGGUCCUGAACGCAGUAGUGGUGCGUCUCGGUGGUCUGAUGGUCCUGAUGCUGACUGUUGGACGCUGGGCUGACGUGCUCCACAUCAUGGUGUGUUUCUUGGGCGAGGCCAGUUGCCUCAUCCCCACAAGGGCUCUGCUGGAUGCAACCUCCUUGCAAGUUGAAGAGGAUUGGUUGAGACAUGCUAAAAAUCAGCACCAACGAAGACCAAGCGCACAAGAGUAGCAUCAGACGUAAUCUUUGCAUUUCCUUUACAUAGCAGCUUAAGCGUGAAUCAAAUGAAAACCUCAUCUGAUACAUGGUUUUGUACUUGCA